AACGACUGACAAUACAAAGGACAAUGCGCAGUGUAUAUCCUGGUGACAUUUUGUGUGCUGUGACAUGGUUUUUGCCAUGGCAUCUGAGACUGAAAAGGCGCAUGCUCUUCUCCAAACGUUCAGCACAGCUUCAGUUAUUUCUAGUGUAGGUUUGGGAGUAUUCUGCUUUGUAGCAGACAGACUUCUACAGUUUUCCUUCAUUCAGCAAAAUGACUGGCUCCGAGCCUUCUCUGAUAAUGCAGUGCAUGGUAUACUAGGCAUGUGGUCCUGGGCCAUAGUGAUUGGACUCAGAAAGAAAAGUGACUUCACUGAGGUCACUCUGGCUGGCUUCCUCGCCUCUGUCAUUGAUGUGGACCACUUCUUUCUUGCUGGCUCCCUGUCAUUAAAGGCUGCUCUGACUCUUCCACAGAGACCACUUCUUCAUUGUUCUACUGUGAUUCCUGUUGUGGCUCUGACAUUAAAGUUUAUUAUGCACCUUUUCAGGCUUAAGGAUUCAUGGUGCUUUCUUCCCUGGAUGUUGUUUAUAUCCUGGACUUCUCAUCAUGUCCGUGACGGGAUUCGUCAUGGCCUCUGGAUCUGCCCAUUUGGAAAAACUCCUCCUUUGCCGUAUUGGCUGUAUGUGGCAAUUACAGCAUCUUUACCUCAUCUAUGUUCAUUUGUUAUGUAUUUAACAGGCACUAGAGAAUUAAUGUCUAUAAAACAUGGAAUCCGCAUUGAUGUAUAAGAAUGAUGGCUCUUAAAGGUUGUUUGUAUUGGCACUUGGAAUAAGCUGUCUAUUUAUCACUGAAUUGGUUUUCUUAUGUUUCCUACAACUUCCAGAGCUAGGCCUUUUAACCCUGUGGAGCCAGUUACAGCUCCUGUGUCAAUUCCUUGUGGUCAUAGAAACCUAUUUAAUUAAUGGUAAUAAUUU